GCGACGCUCGAGCCCGUCAUGGCGGCGCCCAGCGMGGCGCGGGAGCGGCGGCCCUUCGGGAGGCGCUUCCUUACCGACCCCGCGCGGCUCUUCCAGCACAACGCCUGGGAUAAUGUGGAAUGGUCAGAAGAGCAGGAAGCCAGUGCCAGGAGUAAAGUUCAAGAGAACAGCUCACAGCUAUUGCCACAAGAUAAACAAGAGGAAUAUGAGGUGAAUGCUCAGAAAUACUGGGAUGACUUCUAUAAAAUCCACGAAAAUGGCUUUUUCAAGGACAGGCACUGGCUGUUCACUGAAUUUCCUGAGCUGGCACCUGACAGAAACUCAAGCCUAAAUGGAGAUUCUGUGCAUGAAUUYAGUAACACAGAAAAAUCCAACAAUGAAGGGCUGAGAAGCUGUGAAAAUUGCCAUUGUUCAUUGAAAACCAGGAUAGAGAGUCAGUUAAACCUGAUAAAAAGCCCACCUGGGGACUGCACAGAGGAGUUGGCUGCCCAGGACCCUGAGCUGAGCCAGAGUGAUGGGGAUUACCCAGGAUCAGCUGCAUCUUACCGUAUAUUAGAGGUUGGCUGUGGGGCUGGGAAUACAGUCUUCCCAAUAUUACAAACCAACAAUGAYCCAGGCCUGUUUGUUUAUUGCUGUGAUUUUUCUACAACAGCUGUGGAUCUUGUCCAGAACAAUGCAGAAUAUGAUUCUUCUCGCUGCUUUGCAUUUGUCCAUGACUUGUGCAAUGACCAAAGUCCUUUCCCGAUGCCAGAGGAGAGUCUUGACAUUGUUAUUCUUAUCUUUGUCCUCUCAGCAAUUCUCCCAGAGAAGAUGCAGCACAUCGUGACCAGACUGAGUCGCCUGCUGAAACCAGGGGGAAUGAUCUUGUUACGAGAUUACGGACGUUACGAUCUCGCCCAGCUUCGGUUUAAGAAAGGUCAAUGUCUGUCUGAUAACUUUUAUGUGAGAGGUGAUGGCACCAGGGUCUACUUCUUCACACAAGAUGAGUUAGAUCACCUCUUCACCACAGCUGGGCUGGAGAAAAUCCAGAAUUUGGUUGAUCGGCGAUUGCAAGUGAACCGUGGGAAGCAGAUGACGAUGUAUCGGGUGUGGAUCCAGUGCAAGUACUGCAAGCCUGCUGCCCCUCAGCCAUGAGGCAUGUGGGCUUUGGGCUAGAGCUUCUUCAUGUCUCCUCCUGGUGCUGUGUGUGAUGAGUUCGGCACACCCAGCACCUCAGUGCCUUGUACGGUGCCUGGCAUCACUUCAAGUGAGUUUGGCUAAGGACGAAUGUCCUGAGAGUAGAGCAAGCAGUAUUUAGAUGUCAUAAAAUCACAGAAUAUACCRAGUUGGGAAGGACCAUCAGGAUCAUCAAGUCCAAUUCCUGACCCUGCAGAGGAUAUCCCARCACCCACCCCGUGCCUGAGAGCAUUGUCCAAGUACUCCUUGAGUUCUGGCAGCCUUGGGGCCAUGACCAUUCCCUGGGGAGCCUGUUCUAUGCCCCAGCAUCCUCUGYGGGAAGAACCUUUUCCUGAUAUCCAGCCUAAACCUUCCCUGACACAGCUCCAGCCAUUUUCUCAAUUCCUGUCCCUGRUCAGGAGAGUGAMGAGAUUGGUUCCUGCCCCUCUGCAGUCCCUCAGGAGGAUGUUGAAGAUCCCAAUGAGGUCUGACCUCAGUCUCCUCCAGUUGAACAGACCAAGUGCUCUCAACUGCUGCUCAUACGGYUUCCCCUCAAGGUUCUUCASCAUCGUGGCCCUUCUCUGGAUGCUCUCUAGUGGCUUAAUGUCUGUUUUAUAUUGUGGUGCCCAAAACUGCCCCACAGCACUUGAGGCGAGACUGCUCCAGUGCAGAGCAGGACAAUCCCCUCCCUGACCAGGGAUGCUUUGCCUAAUGCCCCCAGGAUACAGAUGUCCUUCCUGGCUGCCAGGGCACUGCUAACCUAUAUUCAAUUUGCUGUGGACCAGGACUCCCAAGUUCCUUUCUGCAGCUGCUCUCCAACUUCUUCAUUACCCAGUCCAUCCACACAUCAAUGGUUGCCCCUUCCCAGGUGCAGAAUCCAGCACUUGCCCUUGUUGAASUUAACACAGUUGGUGAUUGCCCGUUUCUCUGUUGUGUCAAGGUCUCUCUGCAGGCCCUCUUUGCCUAUGAGAGACUCAACAGCUCCUCCCAGUUCAGUGCAGUCAGCAAACGUACCYAGUAUUCCUUCAAGUUCUGCAUCCAGRUCAUUAAUGUGGAUGUUGAAGACCACAGGGUUGAGGAUGGAGCCCUGUAAAUGUCAUGGUACUGGUCUGAGUUUUAAAUAUCAUUGAUGGUUUUAAUGUGAGAGAUGGUCAUGUUGUCUUACAGCAUCUGAGCAAGUUGAGUAGUGACUUGCUUGUACUCUGGAGCAUGAAACGGGAGAGCUCCAGCCUUAUCUCCGUCUUGUGUACUCUUGUCUUGGGAACAAACACACAAAGGAUAAAUCUGCUCUUGUCUGCAACUGCUCUCUGAUAUGAAUCCCUUGGCCAGCUUAUCUCAUGCAGUUGUUUCCUAGUCAUUCAGGUGUGUGCCAAUCCAUGAGUUUAAAUACAUUGAUCUGAGGGCAGGAACUGAGACCGUGUGAGUCCCUCUGUACCAGCUUUCCCUGGAUGCCUCUAAGUGUAGUGAUAACCUGUGGAGAAAGCAAAUGGUGCUGCCCUACCCUCACUAUCCACAGGGAUGUCCACCCAGGGAACCAGCACGCAAUAGCUCAGGUGCUAUAAAUUCCUCUCAGGCAGGGUUCAGGUUUUUGAAAGUUUGGCACUGAUGCUGGUUUUGGGGCACCUCCAGAGUGCAGCAGAGCAGAAGCAGCUCACAGAACCAGAGUUUAUAAAUAAUUACCUGCUUUUUCUACUGGCUGCAGACCCUGGGUCACAAACUACCCUGUCAUGGUGAUGUGCUAAACCCGAGCAGAURAGACACCUUCUUUGAUCUGAAAUCUGCCGGAUGUUUAAUUUCUUAGAGGAAGCCAACCCUGUGGCUUUCAGAAGGUAUUUCCCCACCUUURACAGCAAAUAGCUUUUAUCUCAGCUUGUUUUCUUCUGUUAUUUUUAGGGUGUGGUACAACAGGUAUUAGAAUAAAUUUUGUGCUUUUCAGUGAUGGUUUGAUUCAUAUAAAUCAGGCUUGCARGAACCUCACAUGGUUGUGAGAGCCUGGGACGCCGUUAGGGAGCUACAGUUUCCUUUUGUUAUGAGUCUCACUAGUGCCUGCUCUUGUAUUUGAAGAAGAGAAAGCCUUGGCUGGUAUCUCUUACCCUGUUUUAGUUCAUGAAGCAACAAGAUGUGUUGUGUGCAUACUGCUGGCUGAAGAGCAGUUCCUGUGUAUUUUGUUAGCCAGACACUCCUGAUUUGGAGCUUGAUAUUGCCUAAGAGUAACUGUCACCUCUAGAGCCACACAGGUUAUGAAAUAACUGCUAUCUUGAACUAGAGGAGAGGGGAUAAAAAGCUGAGGGAAUGUCAUUGCUGUUUUUGGAGAGCCUACAGGAGCCCUGGAGAGAUGGACCAGGAACACCCUGAUUUGGGAAGUGUUGGGAGGGACUGGGCUGUAGUUCCUGCRAGGCAUGUGGCAGCAUGAGGAGUUCCUAACUUCCACAUCGCUGUGUCAUCCUGCAGGCAUUACUUUGUCUGCUACCUGAAAGCUUCUGGGUCGGGACAUUGCAUUCCUCUCUGGGAAAGGUAACCCAGGGAAUCCGUUCACAUGCCACAGGAUGUAAUGCUGGAGCAACGGAAAUGCACCACUGCUUUUUUGUAUAUCUGCCUCUUUUAAAUAAUGUUGAAUCAAAUGCAAUUUUUUUUUGGAGGGCAAUGGGAGUCAACUAACUKGGAAGAGAAUUCUUGUUCAGUUUGUUGUUUAUUUUCUAAAAGRCCAAGAACCUUCAAAUCUGCAAAUKAAACAGGAGAYAWGUUGUGCUUCUCUCUUCUGAAGCACAACUGGCUUCUGCUGAGCACAAGCCUGACCCACCCCAGAAGCUCUGCAGUUGCUGCUAUGUUUUCAUGCUAAACCUACAAGUCUGGUUCCCUAGCAAGGCUGAGGCCUCAGGCAAGGUCUAGGCRAAACACAGCUCAAGGCCUCUGGCAGCAGGUGAGCAAGCUCAACUCUCCUCAGCUUAUGCAGGCACAGUGUCAGGCUUAGCAAGAGCCCUGUGAGUGUUGGACCUGAUGUGACUCAUGUAACCAGCCCAGUCACAGACCUUCUGUGUGUUAUUGGGACCUCGGUCACUUCUCUGGGGUCUUCUCCCUCUUAGUUCCUGGAGGAAGAUCUCUUUCUAGGAUAGCUUUAUCUCCCUGCAAGAAAAGUUAUUGACUGGAGUAAACAAUUAGCAUAAUUAGUGUGAAUUAAAGUAAUUUGGGAAAUGCCUUAUUCAUCAUCCAAAGGCUUGUAAGCAAUGCAUGAAAAUACAUUUUUAAUUAUAAACAAGAUUUAUGUAAAGUUAAUGGACCCAUAUUUAAAUUCAAACUCCUGAAUGGGAGAAAAUGAAGGCUAUUAAUUUAUUUGUUUCUACUUUCAAGGCUAUAUCCCAGUUGCCUGGUUUUAACUUGGGCUUCAUGCAAAAACUUGCAGCCCUGUAAGCCUGGAGCCAUUGAAGUAGCUCCUUUCCUUUCUUAAUGCUCUUAGUUCUGCUGGAGUAUUUAAACAGCCACUCAGCAGGGCCCAUGCUGGGCAGACAUGCUUUUGUUUCCAGUCYUCUUGAUGGUGUUCAGAAGGCAAGAAGUUAAUGGCCUUGAAUUGAGCCAGGCCUCCUACAGAUACUGUUUGAGCUUCCUUCACUAAUCCCUGCCAGCUCCUGUUCUCUCAGAAGCUGCUACUCUCCUGCCACUCCAGGCCUUGCUUCCCAUGCAGCUUUGCUCAGGUGCCUCAGUCCUGAUUUGCAACAGCUCCUGCCAUUCCCAUUUUGGGCCUGCUGAGCACGCUGUGUUGUACAAGCUUUCCAGCACGUUCAAAGGAAAUCUCCGAACUGACUUUCACCAUGCUGAAAAGCCAGGUUAAGUGCCUUCAGUGUUUUGGGGGUUUUUUUCCUUCUUCCUUCUCAGCAGAGUAACAUUAGCUUUAAAGUCUUUCUGAGCAUUUCUCCUCUGGUUUUGUUCCCAGCAUUCCAAGUCUUGUGGUCUGUGGUUUACAGGCAAUGCCAGCAUGGCCUGACAAACCUCCCAAGCAGAAGAGAUGAUUUCAUAGCUCUUCACAGGCGCUGCUCCGGCAAUCCUGGAGCCAGGCAUUGUUACACUUGGGAAAAUCUGGUCCUGGCUSUUGCCAGAGGAUGGUGGAUUUCCUUGGAGAUUCAUUGAUUGUUUUGGCUGGAAGGGAAAUUUAUUGUCACCUAUUGUGACCCCACACAUACCCUUUCAUGUGGGGAUAAUGCCAUCAAGCCUAUGACUUSGAUUUGGACUUGGAACUAGUCCUUCAGAAAGGAUUUUGAUCCAGCCAUGGUGCUGAGGCCUCCAGGCAUUCCUGAUUUCACAGACAGGCUAUGAAUUGGGAGACAGGAGGGAACAGGGGAGGUGAUSUGAACAAGGGGCUGGGGGGUGUUUCUGAUGCCCUCACUUCAAAAUAAGUAAAUUGUAAAUUCCACUGCAAACUGGAGCUUUCACAGGAUCUUCCUAACAGUGCAGCAAAGUGAGAACAGCAGUCAUACCAAGUGAUUUGGAUUGUUACAACAAUCAUCARAUUCUUCUGACAAGGGGCAUGUGAGAUCAGACACAAUUAUCUUCUCCCCCAAAUAAUUCAGCUCCACCUUCUCUKGGUAUGCUGCCACCAUUUCUAAUCUGCAGUGAGUUCUAGAGAGAUAAAUGAUUAUUUGUCUGAUUAUCUGAUUAUUUUCAAYAGAAGAGAGGUGUGAGCAGAGGGAACCUCCCUGUGCACGCAUUAACAGCUUUUGGUACUGCAUUGUAAUAAAAGCUGGAAGAUCUUCUUUCUGUCGUUGAUGUUGGGAUGAGCCCUGGCUUGUCUGYUUGGAUUCCCUACAGGAAUUGCAGACCCAAACUGAACACUAAUGAAAGAUGCACAGGUUUUAGUGCCUAGAAGUGAGGAUGGGGCUACAAGGAUCAAGUUAUUACAGGAUCUCAGGACCAUCCUUCCAUCUCUGUAAACACAGGUGGAGGGAAACUGAAUCAUGCAGUCUUUGCUCUGAUUAGUCAGCAAGAUCUGAUUUGUCAGAGAAGUGAAUGCCACCAUUUUUUGUUUGGUGCUGUAUUGGGGAAAAAUGUCCGCGAAGGAGGAUGCCACAAUCAGGAUAAUUUUUGCUGUUGUAGCUUACUCUGCCUUGAUGAGGAUGCCUGGCACACAUCCUUCUGUAUAAUGUCCCUAGACACUGACUUCAACAGAAGUUCUGAUUUUAACUGUGUUUCAGGGAAAGAUAGAAAUUACUAGAAAAACAAGGAUUAGGAGGAAUUUUUCAAAGGCCUCUCCUGCUAAGUGAGGUGCUCUGGAGGAAAAGGAGUUGUCAGCUCAGAGCUUAAUCAGCAAAGCUCUGGGGUUCAUGCUUUUAGCUCUUGCUGAAGGCAUUAAGUUCCUGUGUGUCACUGCCUGGCUGAAUGAGAGCUUGUAUUGCUUAAAAAGUGGGACACACUGCRGGAAAUUACCUUUGUAGGCAGCCCUGAGUGCUAAUCUGAACUAAAUAGGAUACAACCACCUUUGUUAGGUGAGCAUGAACAGGGCCUGGACACUUGGCUGGAACACUGGCAGGGRAAGGCAAGGGAAUCUGAGCUAUGUGUGCCUCUGCUUUUUCCUCCUGCCCAGGGGUUGUGUGGUAUGGCAGUUCUCAUGCUGGUGAAGGCUUUUGUUCUUAGUAUUUGACCCWCAGUGGGAUGUGGCUGCUGUUGGAAAGCAGUGAUGGCAAAGCUCACUGGCAAGUUUUACAUGUUAGCACCUGCCAGCAGCUCCCAGCCUGUUGGUCCAUGGCUGUUUCCAGGAAAGAAAAAACUCUUGRUGAGAUUUAGAYCUUGCUGUCCUACACUGUGCUCUSUGGURUAAACCUCAAAGAGCUCUCCCUGCAAGCACCGAUACAGUGUGGGAACAGCAGCUUGAUUUUUGGGUGUAGUAUGACUGCUGUAUUCAGGUUGUCUUUGCUGUCCAAAGGAUCCUUGUAGCUCUUGCAAUUUCAUGUUAUGUGGAAGUUUGGGAGUUUUGGGAGAUUGCAGCCAAAAUUUUGCAAUAUGAAACUUGCUUUCAGCUCCUGUGAAGUGGGAAGCUGCUGUUGGCAGUCCCUGGUCACAGGGGCCAGACUCACACCUCUGUGAUGUGUGUGGAACAGGGGCGAUGUGCUCAGGUGUAAGGAGCACCCUUUCCCAGGGUUACUGGGUGUGGCUUUCCUCAUUUGGAGAUUAAAUUGCCUGAUCUUCAUCCAGACUGCUUCUUCAUCUCUGGGACCAGGYUCAAGGCAUGCUGCAUAUCCCCCUCACCCGGGGAGCUGUACCUGGGCAGGGCCACCUCCCUGCAGUCUGCAAUUACACAGCUGUGUGGCUUUUUUUCACAUUCAGUGCCAUUGAUGGAUGUGAAGAGGUCAAUGGAAGUUGCACAGAAAACUAAAAUCUGGCUUUUCCACAAUUUCAAGUGACUUCUUCCCUACUCAGAUGAGUCUCGGUAGGAAGGCUGGAAUAUAUUUACAGACAUUCACUAAGAGGCUGAAUGUACUUAGAGAAAUGUGUGUGCAGUAACUCUGGCUUUACAAUAGGAUGUUGAUUUAAUUUUCCUCUUACACAAAUCUCGGAGCACUUUGUCUAAUUAAGGCUUUCCAAAGUCUUAUAAGGUAGGGUGUUAUUAUGCCCAUUUUAUGCAGGAGAAAGAGAAGCAGGAGGCAAGCCCUGAUGAGAGGGAAAUCCUCUUGUAUUCUGGGAAGCCCAGAGUUAGUGAGCACAGGGGAGGACUUGCCAGCUAGAAUCACAUUGUUUCAGGUGCUUGCAGAACCAGCUGUGUUUCCAGUACCGUAUGCUUUGGGAACACCUUUCCUACCUGCAAGGUUUGGUUCCCCUGGCCUGGGCCAUGGCAGCUGUGCAAUUCCAGGUGACUGCACGUUUGCAGGUGCCUGCACACAGCUUCCUGCCUUCCUCCUCCUGCAGCAGGACACACGUUGCCUUGGAUCAGGGCUCUGAGGAUGCGCUUGGCUUGCUGUUUGUGUGGAGGCUGAGUGACCUGGAUGCUUUCCUACUAGGUUUGAGUAUCAAAGCCGCCCUAAUGGGAUACCUGAAGGUGUAGACAGUGGGAGGGGCAGGAACAACCUCCGAGAUAAACUCCAUUGUGUGGGAGGGUARAGGCUCUCCGAAUGGCCUCAGGAAGGAGUCAGGCAAUGGCAUGUUAUCUUGGAGGAGCUCAAAUACCGAUUUUCUCAGUAAGGAAAAUGAGGAAAGACACUUAAUGUUCCUAGUGUGGCAGAAGCCACACAAGGGUAACAUGUUUUGAAUACCCCAAGCCUAGAAAAAUCUUUGCUGGCUGCUCAUGCCUCAUUAGGUCUAAGAGAAUCUGCUGUGCAGACAAGGAUUGGCCUUCUUCAGGAUGUGAUGCCUGGAGGUGACAUCAUCCCCUGGUGCUAAAAGCUUAAAAAGCCUGUUGAGUGUUAAACUCUUGUGGUUUUUGGUUGGGUUUUUUUUUUUCCCCAGUGCUAUACUAUGUUUGGAUUUGAGAUCACUGAUGUCAGCUUUUACCUUUUAAAGGAUCAGGCUAUUUGUUGUUUUUCUCCUGUCUCCAGCUGCCUGUGUCACUGAGGAAUCUCAGCUCUUCUUUUGUGUGCCUUAUAUCAGUAGAUUUCCAGACCUUGUAGCAGUUCAGAAAUGCUUGGAAAAAUGGAGUUAGAGUAUUCCACAAGCCUGGAAAACACAGGCAAAGAAAAAUCACCAAAACCACAAAAUCCUUAAAAAUAUCAGGAUCUUGACUUCUGACAUUUUAUCUUUUCAAAAUUCAAGGCAGACAGAGCUUGUUAUGUGGUCUGUUAAAAUUGUUAGAAAAUCCUACCAAAUUUUGGUCUAAUCUAACCUGGGUUUGCAGGGAAGCUAUGGUGGGAAGGCAGGGCUCGCUGCUGUUUUGCUGAGCAUGUUGUGCCUUUGGGAAGGGAGCUUCAGUCAAAUYCAGUGACUAAGAAGAUGGCUGCAGCAGCUGGGUCGUUCCUCAAAACAUGAUGCAAGUGCUAUGUACUAGAGAUAUCACUGACACACAUGGAGGCUCAGACAAGAAGAGGAGAGGAGAGCUACCACAGGAAUGUAGUCAGAGGCAUUAACACUGGUUGAUGGCUGACCUGGAGAGCUGGAUGUGCACAGGAGGGAUCUGGCAGAGCUGAUGGUGGAGGAGGGCUGGCUUGUCCCCAUGGAUGAGGUAAUAUUUAGUUAGCCACUUACGUACUGUGUUGUUCAUAACCAGCUCCUCUGAAAGGAUCACAGCUCAGGGGCUCUUACAAAGUUAAUGAAAAAAAAGGGAAAAGAGAAGUUUCAUGCGUCACUCAAGUGUGGGCUGGAAGGAGACGUUUCCCUGCGUGAGAUUUCAUGGAGGUCCAAAUAGUCUCUCUUGCUGGGCCAGAUUGCAAAACACACAGAAACUGCUCCCAAACUAUAAUACAAUGGGGAAAAUCAAGUUGAGGUCAACAAAAUCUUGAUUCCUACCCUUACAUUGUUUUAGUUUUGAGGCUCUAUAAACUUUUAGAAGUAGUAUCUUGAAACAGUUAACAUCAGAAUUUUUAAUUUAAUCCAAAAAUUUCCUGUACAAAAUGAACUAUGUACAUAUUCCAGCCACUUUGCAGUAGCAGUCCUUUCCCUGUAAGAACAGAAACUUGCAGCCUGACCUUUUCUUGCCAGAAGCACAUUCCAAUGUGUUGGCUUUUCUUAUUAAAAAAAAAAACAAAACCAGAAGAGCAUUUCUCUGCUGAGUCCRAACCUGGAGGAUCAGCUCCUAGCAGAAAAGAUGUCAUAAGAAAUUGUCCAAG